AUGAAGAAAGUAGUAUAUUACAAUGAAGGCUACUUGAUAACAGCUAAAAAUUUAAGAGAUUUCAAAGAUAAAUUUAUGUUUCUAUCAAUGGAGGAAGGUUGGAAACCGGAUGUCGAUUUUUUGCUUAUAUUCAAUGAAAUUGAAUUAUCAGAAAUAAAUGAUGUAUUUAAAAUUCUUCUGCAUUAUCAUGUUUAUAAAGUCUUGGUAAUAAAUGGAGCAAGUAAUACGAAUGUCUACACGUACAAUCCAUUUGAAAACUAUGGUUGUGGAAAGGUAUUUACUAGGACUAUAUCAUACGGAAAAUGUCUUGAAGCAAACAUAACAAAAUCAUUUUUUUACAAACCUGUAACAGGACUUAGAAAUUGCACAUUUAAUGUAGCUUUUUGUGACGCGAACCUAUACGUUAUUGCUCGUAAUAAUUAUCAGAAGAAAGGGAAACCUACCGGAGUAGAACCAUUCAUUAUGCAAAUUUUAACCGAAUUGGAACAAUUCAACGUCAAAUAUACAUACCAAUUUGAUCCUGAAGAAGGUUCUAUUAUAGGAGAUGAUAUGAUGGCUUAUGGUCCUAUAAGAUCCAUUCAGAAAGGUGAUGUUGACAUAAUGAUGGGGGGAUUGAUUUUGAAGCAUAAUAGAAUAUUAGCUUUUAGCUACUUAAAUGGAUACUAUACUUACAACGACGCACUCUCGUCUAUUCUCGUCACGGAACAAAACCCGGCAGUCCGAGUUUGGUACAUCAUACGCUUGAAAAUAUUUGAUGAUGCCGAGCUCGAGCGACUACGACGGGAGGCCAUUCCCUUAUUGAAUGAAUUGGCUAUGCCUGAGGAUGCAGCUGCUCAGGCGACAGACCAGCAUCCACACGUUGAAGCUGCCAUGGAUCUUCCAGUUGUGGUUGAUUCGGACGAGGAUGAAAUGGUCUCCCACGAACUAGAGCAAAUGAGGAGAAUAUUGAUAGAGGCGAUUUUGGAAACGCGCAGCAUAUCUCUCGAAAAUUGA